AUGGGAUCCGCAGCAUCCGGCCACAAGCAGAAGACCAUAUUCCUGGAGGUGGAUGGAAAGGUCCAGAAGAUUGUCUUCAGCCAGCAGAGCAGCGCAAGUGAGAUAAAGCACAUUCUGAGCACCAGCGCUGGCCUGCCCUGGCAGACGCUCAUUGUUCUUGUUGACAAAAGAGGUACGAUCAUCGCCACCGACCCCACUAUUCCUACCAACUGUAAGAAGGCAUUCAGGAUUAGUGACCUGAAGAGAGAGGUCAGUGAGCGUCUCACAGCCUUAGAGCGCAGAGUGGAAGUUGAAGGUCGGAAAGUUAUUGACAUCGACAAGUGUAAGACGGACCUUAAGCAGCUCCGAGACGAGAUGGAGAAGAGAAGUAACAGAUUGAACUGUUCGUGUAAAUAUUACCUCUUGGAGGAGAACGUCCAGCUAAAGGUACGAAGAGAUGUCCCCAGCUACCCCAAGUACACACUAUCCUCUGAAACCGUGGAAGCCCUGAAGAAGCCCACCUUCGACGUCUGGCACUGGGAGUACAACGAGAUGCUGAGCUGUCUAGAGUUUAUGUAUCACGACCUCGGUCUUGUUCGGGAAUUUAAUAUGAACCCCAUCACGCUGAAGCGCUGGCUGCUGUGCAUCCAGGAAAACUACCGAACCAACCCGUUCCACAACUUCCGGCACUGCUUCUGUGUGACGCAGAUGAUGUACGGGAUGAUCCACCUGUGCGGACUGCAGGAGAAGCUGCCGCUCUUGGAGUUGGGUGUCCUCAUGACGGCUGCUGUGUGUCACGAUCUGGACCAUCCAGGUUACAACAACACGUACCAGAUUAACGCCCACACGGAGCUCGCCAUCCGAUACAAUGAUAUGUCCCCCCUUGAGAACCAUCACUGUGCCGUGGCUUUCCAAAUCCUGGCGCAGCCGGAGAACAACAUCUUCACCAACGUGACUCCCGAGCUCUUCAAACAGAUCAGACAGUCCAUCAUUCGCCUGAUCCUAGCGACGGAUAUGGCGCGACACAGUGACAUCUUGGAGGCUUUUAAACUGAUCCAUUCAAACUUUAGCUUCUCGGAUGAGCAACAUGUGAAAACGCUGCAGAUGGUCCUCAUAAAAUGCUGUGAUAUCUCCAAUGAAGUCCGUCCCACAGAGGUGGCAGAGCCAUGGGUGGACUGUCUGCUUGAAGAAUAUUUCAUGCAGAGUGACCGGGAGAAAUCGGAGGGUCUGCCAGUCACCCCCUUCAUGGACCGCGACAAAGUCACAAAACCCAAAGCCCAGAUCGGAUUCAUCAAGUUUGUGCUACUGCCAAUGUUUGAGUCCAUCAUGAAGCUCUUCCCACAGAUAGAGGAGGUGAUGGUGUGGCCCUUGCAGGAGGCGAGAGAUCACUAUGAGGAGCUUGUGCAGCUGGAGGAGGCAAUGGCAGACCCAAAUGCCUUCUACCAGAUAUACUUUUCCUGGGAUUAG